ACAAAAGCGCAGUUAGAAACUCCGACCUGCGACUCGAUGAUUGUUAACGAUCUCCGCCGAUAGAUCGUCGCGUUAAUGGGUUCCCGAGCAUGUAUAGUGUCCAGUUAAUUACUAUGAACUGUCCGUUCGCCCCGAUUUACCCGACACUUACCACUUCGGUCAUCUGCAACCCGGUUUCAGGCAUUUUUCGUUCGUUUCACCGCUUCCGCGCGACGAAUCUCGAUUGUCCGGCGUUGAAACUGUCGAAUGGAUCCUACCGUCAUGAAAAGUACACUGACGACCCGGCAACGGACCCACGGAAUUCGUCGCGGAAGUUUUCCCUUGCUCCGCGAACCGGACUGACAUCCACGUUAAACCGAUGGUAGCUACGGACUGUGUCAAUCGCCGCGAUCGCUCCUUAAUUUAUCAGUGAAUGCUUGCUUAAAGCUCAGCCGGCUGGUCCGGCGGAAAACACUUCGACACACACGAUUCGGUGAUACUUGAUUGACGAUAAUGAAACCGUGUUAACUCGGUGUCUCCUUCUGUCGCGACAAAGACUUUGGAAGAAAAUCGUGACGUUCUCGAUGUUCUUGUUGGUAUACUCAUGGUGAUCGUAUAUUCUCUGUAGAAUGUAAACUACUUUUUCAUUGACUCUCGGUCUGUUUCGCUUGGUCACUGUCAUGUGUGAACGUCUUCGGAGACUACUUUUAGGAGUUGACUUAGAGCUGAUUUUUAUAUAGAAUUAUAUUCACUUAUCUAAUAACAGUGGAUUGCUGAUGCAUCAGUAGCGAGAUCGUUUCGAAUAAAAUAGCUGUGCAGCAUAACCUAUCGUGUUGUUUCUCCUGCGUUGAGUGCCGUAAAUAGUGAUCCGAAAAACCCGGCGUUUCAUGUUUUUCCCAUUGUUUCUCGUAAUAUUGUGAGAAAGUAGAGACGAGAGCUUGAAAAAAUGGACGAAGUGACAGAGCCGAUGGACGUGGAGAUGGUCGCUGCCGAUGAUGACAGCGAAGCUGUUUAUCCUGACCAGACCGACGAGAAAACAUUCAAUGCGAAGAAUGUGCAGACGCCUGAGAAGCAAUUGGAAAGUCGCUAUGAGAAUCGUGGCGGUACAUUUACGACGGGUAUAGAUAUAUUUAGUAAAGAAGAGAAAUUGAAGAUGGAGGAGAGAGCGAAGCGUUUUGGGUUAACGGAUAAGGUGAAUAGUAAUUCGUCGAAUCCAGAGCAAGAUUUAUAUUCUAGCAUGGGCAUUGUUGAAGACAAUGAAAACACAAAGAACAUCAGACGGAACGUGAUACACAUGAGGGGCACAGAAGAAAUGAGCACCAAGGAUGUGUUCAAAUACUUUGAGGACUACGCUCCGGCAUCUAUAGAAUGGAUCAAUGAUGUUUCAUGUAAUGUAGUAUGGUUAGACAAUGUGUCAGCAGCUAGGGCUAUGUUGGGAUUGUCGAAAAAGAUUGUGGGUUUGGAUAAAGCGAAUCAGAAAAGUACACAUGCGCAUGAUAAUCCAGACGAGGAAAAUAAUGGGACUAACGAAGACUGUACCAUAGAAAUGGAAGAUGAUAACGAUAGUACAAAAGAUACAUCGCAAGGAGACCAUAUAAACAUAAAGGAUAUUGAUUGUCCAUUACCUCCUGGCUCAUGGAGGAAGGGAAUAGAUUAUCCCAAGUCCAAAGCAAUAUUUCUCAGAUUUGCUACUAGAGCUGAUAAGAAACAGCCUAACGCAGAGAAGAUGAGUGAAUAUUACAAGAAAUAUGGAAAUCCAAAUUUUGGAGGUAUUAAAGGAAUCUUAACUGAAUCGCGUAAAAGGAUGUACAAACAAAUUCGACAAAAUAAGAAAAGAUUCAAAGAAGAGGCGCCUGAAGAUUCUAAAGAUAACAAACGCGUGAAGAACCCAUGGGGCGCGUUGUCAGAGAGCUGGGGUCUCAAUGACUUCGUGGAAGAUGAUUUUGGGACGAAACCCGAACAAAAGGAUCAGGGACGUAGCGUGAAAGAGAGACUGGGAGCGAAAUAUCCACCGAGAGUACCGACGCAAGUGGAGGAACAGGAACAUAGCGAGAGUAGCGAUAGCGAAAACGAAUGGUGCAAAAGGAGUAAAGUAUUGCGGAUGCGAAUGCACGCGGACGACGAGGAAGAAAAGAUACAUAAAAAACGGGCCAAGAUCCGACAGCAAAUGCUAUUGAACAACUUAAACAAAGGUAAUGAUUUACGAUCGAGGCUUGGCAGACCUCGCCAAGAAACGCAGUUCCGUGACGCAAUUCAAGUGGUUGUAACCAAUACAAAUGCAACAAAGUCGAAUUCGUUGAAACCGAACGACUCAGAGGAAGAAGACGGCGAAAUCGUAGAGGACGACGAAGGCCAAGAAAAGGAGGAAGGUGAAUGGCAGGAGUCCGACGAGGAAGAACCAGAGGAGGAGGAGGAAGAGGAGCAGGACGAUGAUGAAGAUUACAGUGACGAUGACAGCGAUAGACCAGCGAAGGAAGUUCAAGGGCCUAAAGGGAGUGUGAUAAAAGUGGUUCAGCAUAAACCUCGCGUCGCAUCCACGGUGUGGGCAAGAUUGAACAAUGUGAAAAGCGAAGUCAACGAUAACCCUGUCAAAGAGAGACAACCGAGAGUACGGGACCUAAGGAGUACAUUGAAAGGCGGCGAUCUUCGAUCUCGUAUUGGUAAUCACACGAGAGGACGUUCCCCGUUGAGGAUAGAAGUGAAAAAUGACAAAUACACGGAAGGAAGUGAGACAGAAUAAUUGUUAAUUAUCGAAACGACUAAGAACGAGA